AUGACUAGCGCUAGCAACUCGCAGAAGUGGUAUCGGAAAGUCUUCAAGAAAUUCCAGAAGAAAAAUAAACAGCCCGGUCCCCAUCCGAAGACCGAGCAGAAUGAAGCCGCCAAGUUGGCCAUGAAUGGGGCCAAGUUAGUGAUUCGGGGGGCCACUGACACACUCGAGGGAGUUCCCGCACCGGGGCUACAGGGUGCUCUCAGAGGUGUCCUGUUCAUUAUUGAUAAUAUCGAUCGUGCUAGGCAGAAUGCCGAUGAUUUCAAGCAGUUAACAGAGCAUCUUGGAGCUUGCCAAAAUGUUUUCGUUCGAUAUCAGUCAGGAACCAUCCCUCCCCCUUUGAAAGAGGCCAUCACCACGCUGAAUGAUCUGAGGAUAGAUCCUCCGUCUAACGAAGGCAACGAUUUAGACAGAAAACUUCUGGUUGACAAACUCCCCACUGCCAAGGGAACCUCUUAUAAUUCCGCAGAACGUUCUCAUGUCGUUCCGUGCCUGGACAAUACAAGGACUAACCUGAGACGGCGGAUUGUUAAUUGGCUUCUUGACCCCAAUGCGCCCGCUGUCUUUUGGUUGAAAGGGAUGGCGGGGACAGGUAAAUCGACGGUCGCGCAAAGUAUCGCAGAACUUUGUGCGGAGGAAAACUACCUUGCCGCCAACUACUUUUUCGCUCGGGAUAAAGCUCUUCAUCAGACGAUGCAAUAUUUCUUCCCCACAUUGGCCCACCAACUUAGCGAAUUUGACAUACGCCUUAUACCCUUCCUUGCUCAAGUGGUGCAAACACAGUCCCGGCUAAAUGACCUCAACUAUUCGGCACAAUUCAGACCUCUCAUAACGCAGCCUUUGGAAGACCUCCGGCGAAUUGUCCCCUCGCUUUUUUUUCCGAUGGCCAUCGUUGUCGACGCUAUCGACGAAUGCGAGAACAGUAGAGACGCUAAAGGGGUCCUUAGUCUACUCUUGAGCGGUAAAAUACAGGGCCCCAAACGACCCGACCUCAAGAUUUUCAUCACUAGUCGCCCGGAGCCUCAUAUCCAGGCCACCUUCGACGCAGCGGCCUCCACCAACUUACAACGUUUCGUCGCGCACGAUAUAGAUUCCGAAGAGGACGUAAAAAACGACAUAGCAAUGUAUCUCCAGCAAGGGUUUAAGAAUAUUCAGGCGGAGAACCCAAGGUGCUUCAGAACCCGUAAAGCGCCAUGGCCUACGCAGUUCGAGAUGAAAAAGCUUCUUCAGAGAUCAGGGCAGUUAUUCAUCUACGCGGCGCUGGUCCUUAAAUUUGUUGGAGAUCCCCGUUUGCAUCCAAUGGAGCAACUCAGGAUAGUUUUAGACGCCCAUCGGGAAGGCCAAUCUCAGGUCUACGCAGACCUAGAUGAUCUCUAUCGCCAAAUCAUCCUCCAGGACCCCAAAUUGGACCGUGUACACGCUGUCAUCGGAACUAUCCUACUUGUUUUCGAACCACUUUCAUCCAUGGAACUCGAGAUUCUCCUCGAGCUUGAGGAUGGAAACGCUGACAAGACUCUGCAGUGGCUACAAUCCGUUCUAGCCAUCCCGUCUGAUGAAGAACAGCCUAUCAGGCUAUACCACCCUUCUUUUCACGAUUUUUUGACCAACAAGGACCGAGCUGGUGAUCUCUACCUCGAUCCUGCUGUGCAGCACGGAAGACUGGCUCGUGCUUGUUCCAGAAUUAUUCAAAUCGGCUGGCCCACUUGGCAGACCGAGGAAGGUGUUACGAAUGCCCACCUACGACUUUUCCGCUACGCAUGUACUCGGUGGGCGUACCACCUUUGUCGUUCGGAUACAUCCGACCCUACCCUUCCUCAAUAUCUGAACAAUUUCCUGCAAUCGUCGAUUCGUAAAUGGUUCGAUGCCUUGAUUCGGCUCGAGUUGUUGAAUACACUUGUAAUGUCUGUGGCAGAGAUUUUUCGUUCGGUGGGUAUUGCCUCCGUGCUGGAGAGGCCCUCCUACUAA